UGACUAUUGAGUGGUGGUACCUCAAAUUUGGGAUCAAAUCUCCUUUACAUCAUUGUCGAUCCUUUGUGACUCUGUCUCAUUGUUUAAGAAUCACUAUCUUUAACAUUUUUUAAAUAUAUAUACUACGUACAGAGUAUUUUUUUUUUCUCUAAAUUAAACUUUAAAAAAAUUAAAAAUGAAAAAAUAAAAUUGAAAUCUCUAAAAGACAAAGAAGCAUACAAGUCAAACUAAAUCAUAUGCUACUCCUUAAAUAACUCACCGUACUUAGACUUCACUAUUUAGUAUUUACGCCUAAUGCACGGGAAUCGUAGGCCCCAAAAUCUCCAUGGUAGCUAUACAACAAAAUAUAUAUAAACUCUAAAUUCUAUACUCUUAAAUCUUAUGCCAAAAUUCUUCUCUCUUUUUUUAUUUCUUCACUACCUCUUUUAACCCCCUUUUUUUAAACCAAUAUAAACCUUCAUCAACUACAACAACAACAACUUCUACCUGCCCUCAUAAUUUGCCAUUUUUGAAGGUUUUGGUUUUUUCUCUUUUUCAAAUCAGAAAAAACAUGGCAAAAGCCGCAAAGAGAAAUCAAAAGAGCAAUUCUAAAGAUAAUACUAAAACAACAACUACUACUACUACUACGAAUGACUUUGUUAAAAUUUCGAGCACGAAAACUAAGCGAACAAGGAAAAGUUUGCCUAGAGAGUCCCCUUUUCAACGUAGCUCCAAUUAUCGCGGUGUUACAAGGCAUAGGUGGACAGGAAGAUAUGAAGCACAUUUAUGGGAUAAAGAUUGCUGGAAUGAUACACAGAAGAAGAAAGGAAGACAAGUAUAUCUUGGUGCUUAUGAUGAUGAAUCAACAGCUGCGCGAGCUUACGACUUGGCAGCACUAAAAUACUGGGGCAAAGAUACCAUUUUAAAUUUUUCACUAUCAACUUAUGAGAAUGAGAUGAAGGAGAUGGAUGGUUUGUCAAGAGAAGAGUAUUUAGGAUCACUAAGAAGGAAAAGUAAUGGUUUUUCGAGAGGGGUGUCAAAAUAUAGAGGAGUUGCAAGACAUCACCACAAUGGAAGAUGGGAAGCUCGGAUUGGCAGGGUGCUUGGCAAUAAAUAUCUUUAUCUCGGGACAUAUGCUACACAAGAAGAGGCAGCAAUAGCCUAUGAUAUUGCAGCAAUUCAAUAUAGGGGACUCAAUGCUGUCACAAACUUUGACCUUAGCCGUUACAUUAAUUUGGACAAACCAAACAUUUCAUGUGAUGAUGAUCAAGAUCAACCAAUAAGCCCUAAUAAUAAUAAUGAAGUUGAGCCAAGCAAUUGCAAGCUAGUUGAUGAUAGUAGUGGUUCUACUUGUAGUAGCAAUCAAAGCUUGUUAGAAUACACAUCAUCAAUUGAGAAAAUUACCCAUGAUCAAGUAGAUGAUGCUAUUAGCAUCGAUGAACUUUUAUGGAGCGAUCAUCAACAACCAACAGUUGAUUGUUCAUCUACAUUGCUAGGUUUCAAUGAAUAUGAUGACUUGUUGCAAUAUAAUGUGACGAAUGAUAAUCUAUAUUCGUGUGUGGAUGGUCAUCAAGGUGGUGGUUCUAUCGAUGAUGUAGGAAACAAUGAAAAAGAUUUCUUCAGUGAUCUUAGCUCGCUUUUAUGUGAUUUUGAUGUUAUGGAGGCCGAACAAAUUGAGACAUGAAUGCAUUUCUAGUACUCAAAGUUACGAUUGAAGGUGAUUGAUACAUGAUUGCAUGAAUGGGGAAUUUAUCAAGAUUUUAACACUUAUACUACACUGUCCUAAAUAGCAUAGUUAGUCACAUUAUUUGUUAUGUUUGGUACAUAUUGAACAAUACUAUUUGUGAAUUUUUUUUUUUUUUUUUUUUUUUUUAAAGAGGUUGAUUAUUGAUUACAUUUUAUCUCCAUAAGGCAAAGGGGACAAUUUUUUUACGGA